AUGUGCAUGACAUCAGACCGUGUGACUGUGUGGGAAAUAGAUAUGAGAGGUUUAGGAAAGUAUUUCGGGGGGGAAUUCUUUGUUAAUAUUACCACCUAUUGGGGUGGCAACGUGCUAACCUCUGCCAGGCUCUCUCUGCCCUCCAUGGCCUCCAGGGCAUCUUUCCCAGAGGUCACCAAUGUCACCAACUACCUCAGAGAGAACGGUAGUGGGGUCUGUCUGGACCUCCAGGUGAUUGACAACGUGCCGGGAGCCAAGGUGGAGGAGGAGUCAGAAACGCAUCACUUCCUGGCUGGGAACCUGUACAAGCCCAGGAGACGGUACCAGUCCCACUACAGCAGACACUUCAUGACAGUAGGGGACCACGAGCGUCAGGACAGAGAGAUCUUCCAGAGAAAUAUGAAGAGUCGCAUGGAGACGUUCAAGACCACCCGACACAAACGCCACAGCCACAAGAAGGACCGCAGCCAGAAAAAGGCAGGGAACCCUAAAAGAAAUGAUUGGAUGUUAUUAUCUCUGUGUAACUUCAGCAGGGAGCCAGGAUAG